UUUCUUUUUUCUUUUCGUACUCGUCUCAUUUGGAGCUGAUACUGCAAUCUUUUUGGGAAUGUCCAUUAAGAGCGAUUCAACUUUUAUAUCAAAUUUGUUUGGUUUGUGCGGUUUGAUCACACUAUUUAUAGUUGGAAGUGUCGCUUAUGCCGCUGGAGCUUAUUUGGAUCAGCUUUAUGUGAUUCAUGGUUUAUAUGUAUCGAUCAUGGCCAAAGCCAAAGUAAAACUUGAUCAAAAACUGAAGACUCUAGAAAUUCUUGAUCGCAUUCUUGGUCCUUAUUGUGGAGCUAAAAUUGGUGAUGCAUUUACUGCUGAAAGACUUCUUGCUGUUUAUUACGUUCUUGAAAAUGCAAGCACGAUUUUGUUGCUAAUUUGUAAUUUGCAACGUGCCUCGUCGCAAUAACGCAGUACAUACUUGUGUAUUUACGACUGUGAAUCAAUAAAGAACACACAAAAAAAUAAAAUACACACCAAGAAUUCAGCCGAUUUUGUGUGGUUGCAAUGGUCUAUCACUUAAGU